UUUAAAAAAGCAAGAAAGAAAGAUAGGAGGGAGAGGCAAUAUAUACAUACAUAUAAUACAUACACACAAAAAGAUUAACCUAAUUACAAUAGUACCCCACAAGUAUAAAAUACUCUUGUCUUGUGGGGUUUUCUUUUUACCAUUUCUGAGGCUGUAAUUACAAAUUUGAAAGCUCGUUUUGUUGCUCAAACAAGGAAAUUAUUAAGUGUUUAAUUUAGGAGAGAUAAAAGUCUAGAGAGAGAGAGAGAGAGAGAGAAUAUAUUUGAGGGGGGUGAAAUUAAUUGUUGAAUUUGCAACAAAUGAUGGCUGGAAACCCUAACUGGUGGAGCAUGGUGACGAAUAAUGGCAUGCACCCACAAUCUCAACAGCUUUCUAACUCUCACUCGUUUAUCUACGGCGGCUCUAACUCCCCGCCGCCGCCGCUUUCUCCGCACCCCCCUUCUCCGGCGCCACAUCACCAUCAUCCCGACCACGACUUUCCAGUUAGGUCUUGGAGCCAAAUGCUUUUGGGUGGACUGGGUGGUGAGGAAGAAGAAAGAUUUGGUGCAAGUCUUUUUCAACAACAAAAGAAGUUGGAGAAUUGGGAAGAACAAUUAGUCUUUAAUAAUUUCACUAAUAAUAUUAAUACUAGGGUUAUUAAUAAUAAUAAUCCUAUUGUUGAUGUGAAACAAGAAGUUGUUGCUCAAGCCACCUAUGGCCGCCACGUGUUAUUACAAGAUGAUGAUAAUCAUCAAUUUCAAGCCAAUAAUAAUUACUCCAAUUCUACUAAUUGGCCUAUUAAUAUUAAUAUUAGUAAUAAUAAUAAUAAUUCUCACCACCAAGUGAUGCCGGUUUCUUCCCCAACUUCUUGUAUCACUACUUUGAGCAACAAUAUCUUGAAUUUCUCCGGCGGCAAGCAGGCGGCGGCGGCGACGCAGCAGCGUAAAAAUCAACAGCACAAUCAAGAUCACUCAUCAGAGAGCAAUAGCACAAAUAGUGGUGGGGUAUCGAAGAAGGCUAGGGUUCAACAGUCUUCAGCCCAACCAGCUUUGAAGGUGAGAAAGGAAAAGUUAGGGGAUAGAAUAACAGCUCUUCACCAGCUUGUUUCUCCAUUUGGGAAGACUGACACAGCUUCUGUCUUGUCAGAAGCAAUUGGCUACAUUAGAUUCCUUCAGGGUCAAAUUGAGGCACUGAGCUCUCCAUACAUGCGUAAUCCAGCAGGAAAUACAGUGCACCACCAACAUUCUGUUCAAGAAAGGAAUUGUGUGUACCCCGAAGAGAAUUGUCAGUUCUUGAACGAUUUUGGCGUGGAAGCAAGAGGAGCUGCUAAGCAGGAAUUAGAAAGCAGACAAGUGGUGAAUGACUUGAGGAGUAGAGGGCUUUGCUUAGUUCCAAUCUCAUGCACUCAAAAUGUGGCAAAUGACAACGCCGCCGAUUACUGGGCUCCGGCGGCUCUUGGCGGCGGCGGCUUUUGAUUUUCCGGCCAAUUUUGCCCCGGCCGCCACAUGCAAUCGUACCUGCUGUAACAUCAGAAACAGUCACUCUCUAAAAUUAAGGGCUGACUGCCUUUGAUGCUACUAAGCUAGCUGUUUGUUUUAUGCAUGGCCAUGUUACAAAGUUCUGAUCAUAGGGUGAAACAAAACUAAUUAAACAUAUUAUUGAGGGUCUUUCUGUAAUUAACUUAAAUAAAGUAAUUUUAUGUGCCGUUUAGAUGCAUGUUUAUGUUAACUUGUGGCAUUGUUCAUUGUCGUAUCAAGAUUUAAUUGUGU